CCCUGCGCCGCCCCAACUAACCGAUUCACCAUGGCAACCGUCGCUCAGCUGGAUGCCACGCCCGCCAUCUUUGAACUUCCCGUAUACACAGUCUCUUCCGCUGAUCCUCUCGGCCCCGCCCUCACCUACACAUCGUCCCGUACGAUACCGGAGAGACUCCCUCCUCCCAACGGGCGAUAUGGAAACAACCGUCGUGACGCAAUCGCGCAAGCGGACAAGGCGGGGCGUGUAGACGCAUGCGCGGAGCUGCCUUGGUGAGGCGUGGCUUAUAUCCCGGAAGUAGGUCUGCUGACUGGGCUGGAGAGGAUGACGAUCCACAAUCUCUACAUAUUUGACCGCAAUGGGAUCUGUCUACACUACAGCGAGUGGAACCGCAGGAAACAGGCCGGGAUCUCUAAAGAUGAGGAAUACAAGCUGAUGUACGGGAUGCUCUUCUCCAUCCGAUCCUUUGUCAGUAAGAUGAGCCCUGUGGAUAUGAAAGAUGGCUUCCUUUCCUUUCAAACUAGCAAGUAUAAGCUUCACUACUACGAGACUCCGAGCGGCCUGAAGAUGGUGAUGAACACGGAUCUAAGCGUGGGGAGCAUACGUGACGUCCUCCACCAGAUCUACAGCACGAUUUAUGUGGAAUAUGUGGUGAAGAAUUCACUUUGCUCCCUCAAUGAUCCCAUUCAAAGUGAACUUUUCAAAAGCAAGCUGGAUAGCUUCAUCCGGAGCCUGCCCUACUUCUCUGCCCGCGCUGGGUAACCCCUAAUCCGCAGGGCAUGCUGCGCCAACCUUGUGCACCGACCCGAGCACCACAGGUGAUGACUUAUCUCAGAGGCUCUUGCCUUAUCCAACCUCUACGACAGCAGACCUCACAUCUACUGUACAUCUACUGUACAUCUACUGUACAUCGUCCCCAACACCAUGGCGUCUUCUGUCAUAGGACUGAUCGCACGCGUGUUAUACGACACUGGCGGACAAUGGUUAAGUCGUCAUGAUUAUCGUUUCCAGCUGAUGUCACAGUUGUCGAGAGAAAAGGUUCCAGCGACGUAUAACCAACACCGCAUAGCUACAGCAGAUUAUUUUUUUUCCGUGAUAUGGACUCUAUGUAUAUAGUGUGAAUGUAUUCUUGUCUACCUGUGAUUAAUUUCGAUUAUAUAUACUGGAGGAUAGAGGGUGGAGAUUGGAUGUAAUGUUACAUGUCCAUUAAAACUGCGGAAAUUAUUGGAACGUGUUAAAGUAUGAGUAAAGUUUAGAGCAGUGGUCUCCAACCUGCGGACCUCCAGAUGUUGCAAAACUACAACUCCCAGCAUGCCCGGACAGCCUUCCUCUAGAGCAUAUAGCAACUGAUAAGUACUGGAAGGGUUAAGAUUUCUUUUUUUUAUAUAAAAGUAAUUUACAAAUCUGUUUUACAUUCUAGCAGUAUAUUUAAAAAAAAUAUAUACAUUAAUUAUUUUCAUCUGGAGUACCCCUUUAAAGGAGCAGUGCUGUCUUCCCGAAAGGCUGUGUGCUUAGCUUCAUCACCAGCAG